UUCAGUGAAGAUAGCGUCAAAAGUAUAGAUACUACAUUAAAGGAUACAAUAACAUUGUUUAGUAGUACUUAUGCAAACGUACAGCUUUUCGGGUGUCUCUGGACCUCUUAGUCAAUAUGUAUUUACUAGACUAAUUUAGUAUAUGUUUAUGAACCAAAGGGUCAACAUUGAAUAAGGAGGUUGAGUCCAGAUACACCCAUUAAUGUUCAAUGGACAGGAUUGAGACGUGUCUAUAAUGGUCCCAUUUAUCAAACUGCUAUUGGUCACUAUCUGGGGGAGCGUCUUCUACAUAUCGUCAGACGCAAAUGUACUUAAACAAUGGGGAGCAAGUAAUCAUUACGAAUCAGGAAUAAAUGCUUUUUCAAAGGAUGCUCAUACAACCAGGAAGCAAAAUUCAAUACAUUUAGACGUUAAGUGUGAUCUUUGUAAAGUAUUCGCAACAAUCAUCCAGGACUACGGCCAAGGCAAGAUAGAGAGGGAUGAUGUGGCUACAAUUUGUAUUGACACUUGCGUUGAUCUCAAACUGUAUAGCGACCGUGUAUGUAAACUAGCAGUUGCAACAUUCAAGGAAUGGGUGUUAACUGUUGCGGACCUUGCGUUCCUAAGUCCAGCCUACAUCUGCGGGACUCUUUUUGGAGAUUCAUGUGCGCAUGCGUAUGAUCCGAGUAUCAUGUGGAACAUCUCGAUAGCUGGGAACAAACCUCCAGUGGUACCACCCAAAACGCCAAAGAAAGGGUCUCCAAUGCUACGAAUACUCCAUAUCUCUGACAUUCAUGUUGAUCCAUUGUACAUGGAAGGUUCAGAUGCAGAAUGUGGAGAACCCCUGUGCUGUAGAUCCAAUGACAAUCCAGCACCUACAGAGGCAAGAAAGGCAGGCAAAUGGGGUGACAUAAGAAACUGUGAUACUCCUUUUCGGACACUGGAGAGUAUGUUUCAACACAUCGCCACUACCCACAAGUUUGAUUACAUUGUGUGGACAGGAGACCUCCCACCACAUAAUGUAUGGAACCAAACACGAAACGACCAGCUGAGUCAGAUUAAGAACCUUACAGCAAUGCUCAACAUUUACUUUCCCGGGAAAGCAAUUUUUCCAGCAGUUGGGAAUCACGAGAGUGUACCAGUAAAUAGUUUCCCUCAACCAUCCAUCACAGGGAGUCAAAACAUUAAAUGGCUGUACACGGCUUUGGCAGAUAGCUGGACACAUUGGCUUCCGGAAAGUUCUAGAAAUACAAUUGAAUAUGGAGGAUACUACUCGGUCCUUGUGAGAGCUGGGUUCAGGAUGAUUGGGCUAAACAUGAACUACUGUGAUAGUGCCAAUUGGUGGCUACUGAUAAAUGCAACGGAUCCUGCAGGACAACUUCAAUGGCUCUCAAAUGAGCUGAAAAUUGCAGAGGAUAAUUCCGAAAAAGUUCAUAUCUUGGGUCAUCAACCACCCAGUAGCUGUUUGAAAGCCUGGAGUUGGAAUUACUACAAACUAGUUACAAGAUUCGAGAACACCAUAGCCGGUCAGUUCUUUGGGCAUACACACAAUGACGAGUUCAAGGUCUUCUAUGAUGCUGAUACGCUUUCUCGACCUGUUGGUGUACUAUAUGUCCCAGGAAGUGUCACUCCUACUGGAGGACGGUUCCCGGCAUAUAGGCUGUACGAAAUAGACGGGUUCUACACUGGCAGCUCGUGGAUGGUGCAGGACCAUUGGACCUACAUGCUGAACUUGACAGAGGCAAACAACAGCCCUUGGGUUGGACCUCAGGACCACCCCUUGUGGAAACUUGAAUAUGCGGCAAAGGCGACAUACGGACUUGACAAUCUGUUUCCUGAAAGCUGGGACAAACUUAUAACUAGGUUUGAAAAAGAUGAUAAGUUGUUCCAGAAAUAUAACAGACAAUUUUCACGGGCGAACAGCGGAGGCAUUUGUGAACAGACAUGUAAAAGGAACAUGAUAUGCAACAUGCGCAGUGCCAGAUCAUACGACCCAGCAUUGUGUAAUGAUAUUCUACCAGGCGCUGCAUACAACGAAUAUAUACAAUUCAAGAAUGACAUUAUUGCCUGUUAGGCUUUUCAAUAGUACCAAAGUGCACUAUAUUAAAUAUGUCAAAUGACAUUCUUGCUACCGACUGGAUGAAUAAAUACUUUUUUAUCAUCUUGUGAAUUGGAGUUUUACUUAAAAACCUCCAAAGAAAUGAUUGUAUUUUUACUUCAAAUACACAUUUAACAGAAAAGGCAUACCGGUUUAGUUAUUAAGAGAAGGUUGUGUUUCCAAAAAUGAAAUGAAAUGAUAGAAGACACUCCUAAAGGACAUAAAACGACACGUGGAAGAAAUUUUAUUUUCCAACGGGAUAGUGCUCCAUCACACAGGUCUAAUGCUACCCUCCCGGAGCUAUCUUGGAGUUUUGGAGGCACAAAAUGACCCCGUCAUUAGUCCAGACAAAUGGCAUUCUAACAGUC